UUUUGGUGGCGCUGUGAGCGCGGCGGCGGCGCGGGGGGCUGGCCGUUGCCGGCAGCGGUCGGCGGCGUCGGCCCCGCGGCCGCCAUGAGGCACCUGCCGUACUUCUGCCGCGGGGAGGUGGUGAAGGGCUUCGGCAGGGGCUCCAGGGAGCUGGGCGUCCCCACGGCUAACUUUUCUGAGCAAGUAGUUGAAAGCUUUCCAUCUGAUAUCUCUACUGGUAUAUACUAUGGAUGGGCCUGUGUUGGAAAUGGAGAUGUGCAUAAAAUGGUUUUGAGCAUAGGAUGGAAUCCUUUCUAUAAGAAUAUUAAGAAAUCAGUGGAAACGCACAUUAUCCACACCUUCAAAGAAGAUUUUUAUGGAGAAAUUCUUAGUAUAGUCAUAACUGGAUAUAUUCGACCGGAAAAAAACUUUGAUUCCUUGGAGGCACUCAUUUCAGCAAUUCAGGAAGACAUUGAAGAAGCAAACAGGCAGCUGGAUUUACCAGGACAUCUUAAAUUCAAGGAAGAUAACUUCUUUCAUCUGCCAGAAGGCAAAAUAGUGAACGACCACUGAGAAAACUCAUGCUGCUUUUUUUAAUUUCUUUUUUUUCUCCCCCUCCCCUGUCAUGGAGCUUUUAUAUUUGCACUGCUUUUAUAGGUACUUUGUUGUCAUAUGUCAGUUUAGGUAAGCGAGGUUGGAGCUGACCAUACGAAAUGAUUUCAGUUUUUUUAUGUUAAUUCAUUAUUAACCCAGUCAUACAAAAGGAGUAGAAGGCUGAUAAAUUGUGUAUUGUAAAGUUACCCAUUGUUCAGAGAUCUGAGCAUAUGCAGAACAUGACCAAAAUUAAUUGUGACCUCUUUCUAUGCUAAGCUGUGGAUAGUUUGCUUGAAUGAGGAAUAUCUGGUUUUAACAUACAGAAUGUUAAUCCAACCUAUUUUCCCAGUUUUGUGUCAUUCUUACAUCCGGAUUUUAGCUAGUAGCUUUGAAAAUUUUGCUAUUGAUUCAGUCAGAAAUUUCCAGUGGUGCAAGAAGCCAAUUAGUUGACAAUGUCAAGAUUAAUUCUCUAUAGUUCUUAUUUUUUAUAUGCUACACAGCUGUCGUGAUUGAAGCUGUUACUUAAAUUGAAAUUAUUUAUUUUAAGUUUGUUUGAAAUGGAGAAAAUUUGCAGUUGCUUAUUGAAUUACUGGAAUCAGAUAUAUACUUCUUCAUAGCUGACUGUACAUAUGAUGUCACAUGACCUGUAUAGUUCACUUCUGAGGAAGUGUUUCACUGACAUUCAGGAAAUGAACGACAGUGUGAAAGUUGAUAAACUUUAAAGGUUUAUGUGCAAAAGAUGCAGAAACAGUAUAACAAGACUUCUGCUCAUAGGACCUUAAGGCAAAAGAGGUAAUGAAAGGCAACUUUGCAUUUUAUGCGCUGCUGGCAUUUGCCAUAAGAAAAUGGGGAGAAACUUGAGCGGUUAUUCACUACACUGGCAAUAAAAUGUCUGACUUCAAGAUUGAUGCAUAUCAACUCUCUGCACCAAGUGCAGGUAAGAGAUAAGGUUUUGGCUGACCAAGUAGAUCAAUACACAAAUGAAGGACUUUGGGGAUUCAUGGAAUAAUAUAUCCACACUGUAGUGGGUAUUGGUUAUUUAUUACAAAUAAUUGCAGCCGGUCCUACUCUGAAAUGUAGGGAUAGGUAAAUGGAGGGGAUAUUGUCAGAAUUUAUAGUAAUUUGGAGAAUACCUUUUGAAGUAUGUACUGUGUGAUUUCAGAUCUACUAUUUUUUUCCUCUGAUAGAUUUUUCUAUCCCCUACUGAGUGACUGAAACUAGGUAGGCUACAGUGACUUCAUCAGGUUCAUAAUCUUUUGAUGUCAGCUUGUGAUGUGGCCGGAACAUUUUCUGAAAUUCAAAAUGGUUCUGUGGGUAUGUCUCGCUGUAGUUCUAUGUCUGAACUACUAUGUACAAUCUGGAACGCACAAUUUCUGUAUUGUAAAUUCAUAAAAUUGUUCCUUGUCCUAUCCUGUUCGACUCCUACUUUUGACUCUAGGGUUUUUAAGAGAGUUUUAACAAGGUAGCUGUUUGAGUCUUUGUGGCAGGUGCUGUCAGGAUGUUACACUUCAUAUUGUUUUAACUUUCAGCUGUUAUUAUAGGAUAUUAUUAUUAGGAAAGAGAUCUUGAGUAAAUCAAGGAUUGGUGUUUGCUCUGUAGGACUUCAGGAGAAACUUGAUUUCGUUUAGAUGAAUCUUCACCAGUGCUGUUGACAGCAGAGACAGAUGGAAUACAGAAUUUGAGGGAAGGCAGUUAUCAGCAGUUAGAUACACUUUCUUUUAAAGGAGAACAAAAUUAUUUGGUGGACUUUUACUAUAUAAUGUGUUGGAAACUGUAUUUCUAAAAAUUCUGUAAAAGAAUUGUCUUGCAAGAAUGAUGGAUCUGUUUACAUUUAAAAAUGGAGGAAUAAAGGGAGAUUUUUUUUUUCAAAGAUUUGAGGCAUUCUUGAGAUUGUAAUAAUGUCAAAAUCUUAUAUUUUACUUCAUUUUUUAAAGAAUAAACAAAAGCCACAUUAGUCGACUGAAUAUAUUGUCAAGAAUAUUGUCAAAUAUAUUUAAAGAAUAGAUUGUUGUUCAUCAUGGUACUGUAGCUAAACACUCAUAGCCUUCUUUAAAAUUGAUCAUUGCCAGUAAUUUCAUGUGUCUGUUGUGGAAAUGAUGGUGCCUUAAGCUGUCUGUCUGAAUAAUGCUUUUCUGUAUCUGCUAAUAAAUGCUACUAUCAAAAAUUCAA